AUGGCUACCUCAUCCAGUUCCCCGUCCGAUUCUCAUGGGCAAACGGUGAAGCUGCAAGACUCUGCCAAGUCGAUAUGGGCAACCGUAGGCAAGCAAGUACUCCCGUUCGUCGUGGGAGGAGGCAGCGGCAUCGUUGCAACGACUUGCGUUCAUCCAAUCGAUAUGGUCAAGGUGCGCCUGCAACUACUAGGUGAAGGUAGCAAGGGAAUCGCAGCGCCUUCGCCCAUAUCCGUGGCACGAGGAAUCAUCGCUGAAGGUGGAGUUUCCAACCUUUGGAAUGGCAUUUCCGCAGCAUGGCUUCGACAAGCAACUUAUGCCACUCUUCGUUUGGGAUUUUUCGAUCGUUUCCAAGCAUUGCUCGUCGAAAGAGCCAAAGCCAAGGACAGUACCAUCGGGUUUGGCGAGCGAGCAACUGCUUCGUUGAGUGCUGGGGGGCUUGCAGCUGCUAUUGCAAACCCAUCAGAGGUUGCACUGAUCCGCAUGCAAGCUGACGGGGCCAAGCCCAUGGCAGAGAGGGCCAACUAUAAGUCGGUCGUUGAUGCGCUAGUACGAGUGGGUCGCAACGAAGGUAUCUUCGCUCUAUGGUCGGGUYCUUACCCAACGAUAGUUAGAGCAAUGGCAACCAACUUCGGACAGCUUGCAUUCUUCAGUGAGUCUAAGAAUCAGCUCUCGAAACGCACAAGCAUGAGCGAUAGAAGUGUGACUGUUGCUUCGUCUGUCGUUGGCGGUUUCUUCGCUGCAUUCUUCUCCUUGCCAUUCGACCUUAUCAAGACAAGGCUCCAACGGGGCAAGGGUCCCGCCGGCCAAGCAUAUACAGGUGUGCUCGACUGUGCUGUCAAAAUUGUGAAGGACGAGGGACCAAUGCGCUUCUACAGAGGGUUUGGUACUUAUUUUUUCYGAAUCGCGCCACACACUGUCAUUACACUUAUUGUGGCAGAUAACGUCAAUGCUUUCAUCAAGCGGCCGGGUGUGUAG